GGCCCUAUGUACCUCCACUAGCGACACACCACCGGGCUUCGGGAAGGGCUUGGUCACUGGCUCGGGAGGACAGUGAACUCAAUCACCUUCGCAGAAAUCCGAUUUCGAUCCACGUGAUUGCCAUCGUGAUUGCCAUCGGCAUGGUCAAUUCCCGCAAACGCGGAAGCAUUGUCCCGAUCGAGUGGCGUGAGCAUGAGGCACCCUUGAGGAAUGGCAUCGCGCUCUGGGACUUCUCGGCAGCGCGCCACGGAACGCCGCGGCCACGGCCGGAGGAACCCUCCGCUGAAAAGGAGCAGCGGCGCGCUCAACUCAUGCAGGAGUUCCGCUCGCGCUAUGCCGAGAUCUGCCACCAGGUCUUGGGGCUUGCAAAGCCGCCGGCGGAUUCGAUUGAUCGCUGGCUUUUGGAGCAACUGGCCCAGAGAGGAGGUGGGCGCGAUCCGCUGGUGCCACGCCCACGGAUCGCGGAAUCGUCUCGGGUUCUUGAACGGGAGCUGUUGGCAGAGGUGCCCAUGCGAUGCCAUUCUCGGGUGACCGGAAGGCUGGCCUCGGAGCAACUGGCCAGGUAUGUGAAGAGUGCCAGGGAUUGGCUCCAGCGGCUACAGGAGCCAUCCCAGCUCAUCAGCGAAGAGGUUGAAGCUCUUGAUGCCUGGCUCAAGGAGCAUGGCGACGAGUGGAAAGUCGGUCGGAAGUCGUCGGCCGAUUGCCCAUUUCGGAGGAAGCUGGAUGAGCUGGUGGCCCAGGAGCACAUGGGCCUCUCCGUGCGUUUCCGCGUGGCGGCUCAAGACAUGGCGGUGGAGAUCUUGAAAAGGGUCUCCGAUGAGGCGGAGUCGAUGGUCGUGCAGCUUUGCGAGUUCAAGGCAUCAGAUGUGUAUCCGGUGCAUUUGGACAUGGAAGGUGCUGCGCCAAAGAUCAUCUUCCGUGAGGAGGAAAUGAAGAUUUCUGCGAUGCAUAUGCAGAAGCUCCACCAACUUUACGAGGUUCAUCAAGGGCCUGGUGAUUCCGAGGACUGGAAAGCUGCCUUCAGGCGCCGCUUGUAUUGCAUGCUGCGGCGAUAUGUGACCUUUAUUGGCCUGGAUCCGGCCGAAGAGGGCAGUCAAGGUGGCAACAUGCAUGCCGCUGCGCCCGAAUGCGUCUUCGCAUGGCUUCGCGAUGAGAUGGGCGUCUCCGCGGAGCUGUUUGCUUCUCCAUUGAACUGUUUCUUCGCAGAGUACUACUCCGCCUUCCCAGAUGUGGAUGCCUUCUUUGGGUCACAAGGUUCUUUCUUCGACCUGGAUGACUUGCCGGAGGGCUCCUACGAAGUGGGACCUCCCUACACCGAAGAGGUCAUGGAGCUCAUGGCGCGGAAGUUGCUGAAGCACCUGAGAAGCUCCGCGGAAAAGAAACAAGUCUUGAGUUUUGUGGUCUUUGUGCCUGAUUGGGGUGAUGAAUGCACUGCGUUGGGCCUCAUGAGCGGCGAAGACUUCCAACCAUUUCGACCAGAGCUGUGCAAAAAGCAAGCCUAUUUGCUGGCGAGGGGUCGUGAGCAUCACUACAUUUCAGGAGCUGCUCGGAUUGGGAUCUGUGGCGCUGUGCAAUUCUUUCACGAUUCGGGCGCGGAUGCUUCUAGGCGCUAUUACGAUGUCCCACAUGGCACCCGGAUCUACGUGCUCCAAACGCCGAAGGCAGCUGAGCGCUGGCCCUUCGGACAGGCCAAAGCAGAAGCUCUCUUGGCCAAGCUGGGCCCCGUCGAGGAGAAAAAAGGAACGACGGAAGCCUUGAAGAUGGCAAGAGGCCGAAAGCCUGCCGAGAAGAAGAUGGCCGAAAAGCCCAAGGAUCCCUUCGCCGUGGAGCAGGAAGAGGCCCACACGAUGGAAGACGUGGGCGACCCGAGUUCGUCCAGCAAGAAGGCUCGGGCAUCUGGCGACGAGGGCGAGGGCGAGGAGCCAGAGAAGGCUGAGUUGCGUGAAGAAGCGCCUAGUGAAGGGAAGGCUGAAGAAGCUCCCAAAAGGCGACGCAAGAAGGAAGUGGAGGCUGAGGAGCGUGAGGAUCCGCCUGAGAUUCGGCGCCAGAAGAAGGAAUCACUUCGCCAAGAGGAUCAUUCUUUCGGUGAUCCUGAGGCUGCGGUUCUCAGACCCGAGGAUGCGGAGCCUAAACGGCGAAGGGAGAAGAAGGACCGGAAGGAGCGUAAGGAGAAGGAGAGACGAUCGGGAAAAGGCAAGGAGAAAGGAAAGCACGGUCGAAAGGAGCGAGAAAGGGCUGAGGAGCGCAGCAAGGGCAUGACCCCGUCACCCGGGCCCUUCGCCAGCACGAGCCCCGCGGCGGUGGCGAGCCUGGGGCGGUUCCAAGAGAAGGCGUUUCAAAGGGACCGCAUGGCUGAGAUCUUGAAGCUCAUGAACUCGACCGAGUGCCUGAUUCCCAAGGCCUCGUUUCAACGUUUGGUGAAGAGCAUUCUGCUGGAGCUGCAGCACCAGAAGCGCCAAGAAAUCGAUCCCCACGCGCGCUUUGAGGAACAUCAUGAUAUGAGGAUGGAGAGUCAAGCGCUUUUUGCCCUGCAAGAAGCAGCAGAACAGUACAUGGUGGGCCUCAUGGAAGAUGCCAAUGCUUGCGCGGCGCACAACCGCCGGAUCACCAUCAUGGAGAAGGACAUCAUGUUGGUCCAGAGGAGGAGACGCUUCACGACGAGCCGUGCUGGGCAGAGCCGGCAGAGCCGUGCUCGCCUCGGCGACGGCCACGCCGUGGCGAUCUAUGGCGCCGCCCUUGACGGAGAGGGGCCGGUGGAGAUUGCGAACUUCACAUGGGCAGGAGUCCUGGCGUUGGCGGCUUCAGCGCCCACGGAUGCGGAAGGUCUUCUUUUUGGGACCGCGGAGCGCGGCGCGACCCCGGAGCGCAUCGAAGUCUUCCGCUUGACGGGCGCGCCGGGCUCCACGGUGAGAGGUGUCCAGCGCCUGUCGAGGAAGGCAUCCAUGGUGCUUCGAGAGCAGAAAGGCGAAGGGAUGAAGCUGAUGGGUUGGUGCUCCUUGCGGGUGCGGAAAAGCAGCUUUGGCAAGCCCACCUUGACGGAGAAUGAAGUCCACAUGCAUCAGGUGCUGCAGAAGUGGGGUGCCAGUCUCGGCUGUGUGGUGCAACCACGGCUGGAGAAACAAGGCAUUUUCGCCUUGGAUGCUUAUUGGCUGGGACCAGACCAGACCCCAGUGCAGAUCCACAUCAAAAACAGUUUCAGCACCACUGUCGACACCUCCAUGGAGUUGCCGGAGAACAUGCUUCAACAUAUCACGUUGGCCGGAGUGCUGGAACAAAAGGCCGACAUCGAAAAGAGCCUCAUGCAGGAACUGAGGGAGACAGAUACCUCUUGUGGAGAAGAUGCCCCUGGGCUGCGCGCAAACCAACGCAAAGUGAUCGAGCAGGUUCUCCAACCCUUUCUGAAGACGAGCGAGAGGAAAACAAGGAACAAGAAGUUGAAGGAGAAGGACAGGACGAAGAAAAAACAAUUGCAUGCAAAGAAACCAGCCGUUUCCACGAUGAAGAAGGCGACGGAAAACCCUUCCGUGGGUUCCAAGAUGACGAAGGACUUACCCUUGGCAAACUCCAAAAUGAGGGAGGAGGAGCAGAAGCAGAAGCAGAAGCAGAAAGAAGAGGAGCUGGCGAAGGCGAAGGCCGUGAGGGUGGAGGAGAAGCGGAAAGAGGAGGAGAGGGCCUUGGAGAGGGCAAGAGAAGAGGAGGGGCAGAAGAGGCAGAAGGAGAAGCCCAAGGACCCCAAGCAACCGAAAGCGAAAGGUCGGCCAAAAAGGACGUCGGCUGCAGCAUGCGUCGCGCGCGCGGUGCAUCCGGUGAUAAGAAAAACCCUCAAGAACACCCGCAACAGAUCCAAGCGGCUUUGGUGGGGGGAAAGGGUUCUCUCGGUGUCCGAACAGAACAGCGUUCGCCUUCUUUCGCUGACAGCGAGUCGGAACGGAAGCGCCACCACAGCGCUCAGUGCCACGGAGAGUUGCGACAUUCGUGAGGUUUUGAUGAGGAGAUUGGGUAAACUAUGA